UUACGUCACGCGCGAACGAUCUCCCAAAUCCUGGUCCAUCUACGUGCUCUCAUCUCUAUGGUCGAGCGUGCUAAAAUGUCAAGUGAAAUACAUUUAGUUUCAGUGCAGUGCUGAUGUGUACAGAAGUAGCGGCGGAAUCUGAAUAUGGUGUAUCGGAGAAGUAGGAGUGGGUCGAGAGUGUGUUGCGUUGGGACGGGCAGUGACGUCACGAGGUGAUAUUCGAAAAGCGCGAUGUCGGUGUUGGUGGCGGCGAUGGUGAUGGGUGCGUGGGUGAGGAGUGCGGCCGGAGGCUGCGGCGUGGCGGAGUACGCGUGCCGCAGCGGCGACUGCGUGCGGCUCGACGCCUACUGCGACGGAGAGAUGCAAUGCUUGGAUGGCAGCGAUGAACCUCCCCACUGCACCGUCUGCAACCGCACUUACUACGGCAUAACCGGCGUCGCUUACGGCGUGGCCGUCCGCGGAACCCCCCGAGCACCAUUCCUCUGCCAUCUCACCUUCACAGCGGGCGGAAGCGGACACGGCGAUCUGGUCCAACUAGCCUUCGACGAGUUCCGAGUAGGGCGGUACCAGACAGGCGCGCUUGACGCGUGCCCGGACGGCUACAUGCAAGUCUCGGAGCUCGGUCGACCUUUUACCGGCGGUUCAUGGUGCGGUACCGCAGAGGGCGUAGCUCUGUACUACAGCGAAACAGCUACAGUUACGGUUUCAGUGAAGCUAUUCCGCACUCGUCUCGGAGAACCGUUCGGCUUCCGACUGCGUUAUAAGUUUUUGGCGCAAAGGGAUGCUAUCGUGAGAUUCGGCGCACUGGAGGCACCUCUGGAGCGGGGAUCUGUCUCGCCUGGUACCUAUUGUACUCGGACUUAUGAGGAAUGUCAUCGGAAACCAUGUCGCUUGCAAAGUCCUAACUAUCCCGGAAUGUAUCCUAGGAACGUCACCUGCUACUGGAGUUUGCGGCAAAAGGAUAUCCCGACAUGCAAACACGCCAUGAUAUCUGUCAGGCAAGAACAUUCACACAAAAUGCAGAUCAAACGAUCCAUAUCUAUGGCUAGUUUGAACAAGACCGGCCGUGCUGUACGCGCGUGGAGAGAGUGCACCGGAGAGCGAGACCGCUUGAUCGUGUACGACGGGGGCUCCACCGACGACCCGGUGCUGGUGGAAUACUGCGGAGGAGACUGGAUGCCUGCCGUCACUUCCCGCGGCCCCGAGAUGCUGGUGGCUUUCCACUCCUCGCCCUUCAGUGCACCACCUCGCGCCUCCCCCCCACACGCACCCCUCAGGGGCUUCGAACUCGACGUGGACGUCAUCUUCGCUGACUCUGAUUCGCUGGAUUAUGCCAGAGAGGCUCGUCGGUGUGAGUUCCACGUGAAAGCAUCUUCAUCAGCCGAAGAGUCGAAUGUCACCAGUUCUAUGUCAACACGAGGACGUCGAGGUCGCAUCCGCGCGCCCACACACACGCUUCCACCAAAUACAACCUGCACGUGGACCUUCCACGGCCGCCCUGGUGAUCUCGUCUGGAUCUACUUCUCAAGCUUCACACAUUACUCAUUGGUGGAGAACAGAAGAGUGGAAAGUGGAGAGCGCGAAGAUGAACUAUUGCCACGACCGGGAGAGCUUCCUCAGUCAGGAUCAAUAUCUCUAGCGCGGUUACCAGGGGGCCCAGUUUCAGGGGGAGCAUGUGCUGUAGAGCUUAGGAUAUGGGAUGGGGGUGGGUCAGGCGCAUUGCUUGGGCGCUACUGUGACGCCACACCAUCACUUUGUGCUCGAGCUGCUCUCACUAACGCCACAAGAACCCCUCGUCCCUGUUCUCCUCCAGACGGUUACGUCUCUGCAGCCUCACUCCUGUCAAUCGCAGCUACUUCUCUACCAGGAACUGCCACGCAUCCUUUAGCCUUCUCUUUAUAUUACGAAUUCGUUGAUGCAAAACUCGAAGGAGUAGCAUUACCGAUAUCAGAGACAAGGGUUAGGACGGAACCUCCAGAGUGUACCAGAAGACUAACGAUUCCGGGACCAUUCUCAUCUCCAAGAAAUGCUCUGUGGUUUGGAAGAGGUGGAGCAAAAAGGUUGCGCUGCGUGUAUAGAAUACAAGCAGAUAACGCCCAUAUAGACCUCAGUUUGCUCGCUGCCGCUUUUGGUCGAGAUCCGCACUGUGUGACCCGGGUCGACCCGGUUACGGGAAGACCAACGUGCUCAUCCGAGGCUACCGAUGGACCUGUUCCCCGCCCCAGUGAUCUUCCUCCGGAUUUCGAUAACGUAGACGAUGAAGUGCCUUCACAUCUCCCUCAUCUUCGAAUUUACGAAACUCCUUGGCCCGGAUACAGAGUGCCAUUGGCAUGUAUAUGUGACAACAGCAGCACGCCACUGAGCUUGACGUCCGGGGGACCAGCACUGGAACUGGAACUUGUGGCUGGGUCAUUGAGCGCUGUUGAGGACCACCGUCAUAUCUACUUCCGUGGGGAGUGGCACACAGUGGGGGGGCCCAUCGAUUGUGCAGCCCGGCGUCGUAUGAUGCCACCCGGAGGACAUGCGCAUCUCUACUAUCCUUAUAGUUUGAACAAAAUCUCGGAAUGUGGAGAAGCGCCUUUCCUGCUAACAGCGCGUGGAAACCGGUCUGUGUUUCUGAGAGUUUGGGGCGAAGAAUUGACAGCAGCAACCCUAAGCGCCGAGACUGUGGUCUGCCACACCACCAACAGGCUGCUUGUCUACGAAGCACACACCACACGGUUGCUGAAGGCGAUAUGUCCGGGUGGAGAGGAGGGGCGCACGGUACACGUGUACACGGAGGAGUGGUGGCGUCGAGGUGCAAGUCGGGGUGGAGGUUUGCUCGUGGUAUGGGCAGCACGCGAGGCCGGCGCCGCUCGCUUUUCUUGGAUGGAAGUCUGGCGCGCAGCCGCCGCGGGCCAGAACCACACAGGCUGCGGACGAGACUGUCUAUCGCUGGCGGCUUGCAUGCCACCUGCACUCUGGUGCAACGGGGAGGUGGACUGCCCCGGUGGUGCUGACGAAGCGGGUGCUUGCGGCGCGGGAGCCCGUAUACUCGCCAUGCUCGGAGCUCCCGCCGCAGCUGGAGCGGCUGGUGCAGUCGUCGCCGUUGCAAUGGUAGCCUUCCUCGCAGCCGUAGUACUCCGCAAGCGGCGCACCCGUCGCGACAAACACUUGCUCGGCGCCCUUUCCGCAGGUCGUCGCUUUACAGAAGAACUUCUCUACGACUCCCGCGCUUCAUCCGUCGCGUCCUCCUGACGACGCGAGCGCUCCGUCGAGUACAUUCACGUGGACCGAGAGACCACAGUGUGACGGAGCGCCACCCCUUACUCACACAUGUGUGGGAGCGAGAUAAAACUAUAUUCCAGUUUCGUGAUAGACAUUGCACUCAAAGUUGCCAAUAUCUAAGUUCACUGCCGACUUACGUGUAUAUCGAUUAUUUAAUAGAUUUAUUCAGAGAAGCACGUGAUGACCGGUGUUAUGUUGUGAUACAGAAUACAAAAUAAUGAUAAAUAUAAAAGAAUGGGUAGUCAGUGUAUAUACACUGUAAAAUGUAUUAUAAUAUAAUUAUUAUCGUAAUUAUAUAGAGCAGUAUGUCCCUGGAGGAAAAUGUAAAAUAACGUAAAGUAGUAAUAGUACUUAUGAUAUUAUAGUCUAUAGACCACAUAAGCAAUAUAAUUACUGAGCCAUUUUUGUUGACUGUUGUUAAAAACUAAAAUUGACAGCCCUAACCAAAAAUGAUUGUACUAUAAGAUAGCAAUUACGGAACUCAUAAUUUAUAUUAUUUGUUCUAAAAAAUAAUUAACAUUUAGUGUUUUCUAGGAAGUUUGUAACAUAUAAAAUCACAGACUUUAAUUGAUCACGCACAGUCUCCUCCAGUAAGGUAACAUAUAGGGCUGUCAACAAUGAAAUAAUUUGUUUAUAGAUAAUUGUUUGGUUGUACUAACAUCAUUUUCUAAAUCCUAUACUAUCAAAGCUAGAAUUCCUUUUCGGUAAAUUCCAUUUUGGGAAUUUAUACAGUACAUGUAAACUAUAUGAAAGAUAAGUGAAUGAAGUCACCGUAUUCGGUGUUCGUAGUGUUAGUUAUAAAACUUCGAGGCUCAAAGGCCUGGCAGGAGUAUAGAGGUACGUUAUCUCAUUAUAUGGGACAAAAGAUUAUUUAAACUGUUUUAAGGCUACGGUAUUACCUAUUACUUUAGUAACUUUUUUUUACCCGCAACCUUUUCUGUUUUUUCAAACAGGGUCAGUUUCGGAAAUAAAUUAUAAAUGAAAGGUAAUGAUUGGUUUUUACUAAAAUAUCUAUUAUAUCUAUCUAGAUAUCUACAACUAAAUCUGUUUGUCUAUUGACAAAGGCCUCUUCCAAUUUCAUCUCACUUGAGCAUGUUUUUCUUACCCUCUUGGUCAUUAUUCCAGAAGACGUACACAAUACAUUAUUAGUUGUGUAUAUUGUCUCCUUUGGGACGAUAUGAAGACGGUGGAACAAGAAACCUGAUCAUGAAUAACGUAUUAAGAACCCUUUUGAAAUACGUUAAUUUAAGAUAAAUUACUAUCAUCUUCUGUUCCCAUUUUCUGUUUAGGUCUUCGGGGAUUUGUUAUUCUAAUAUCUGUGAUGAGUUCUCCAUUUAUUUUUACUAUAAAGAGUGUUCCCGUACAGUGCCACUUUUGAUUUUGGCAUUUGUGACAUUUGUUUUUGUUUUCUCUGAUUUACCAUAUUCGCUAUGUGUCGUCCUUGGCGAUCAAAAUACUUAGUUUUGCUGAUCCCGGCGCUUUUCCAACUUGAUUGUGGACUGAAAAAUCACCAUCGUUAGACCCUACCAUCCAAAAUGGCUCUUUAAAUUUGUGAAGUCAAUUCUGCAUUGGAAAAAUUUGCCCGCAUUUUCAGUUUCGUUAGUUCUGUUAGUCACCAUUAAUCAAAAAUUCUACUGUUUUAUUAUACUACCGAUGAUCGAUUUUAUUUGUUUUUUCAAAAUCGAAUCCUUUGAAUACUUUUUGUUAUCAGUUAAAGUUCCAGCACCGCUUUGGAAAGAAAUGGCUCUCUGAGUGAGAAGAAAUGGCGAAAUAUACUGUUCCUGUAUAUUUUCUUAUAAUUCCAUAUUUAAAUCCGAAUUGUAGAAUGUAGUUUUUAAAUUCACGACGAUUUUGUAGAAGAAGAAGCAAAACUAUUCAAUCUUGCUGUGUCAAUAGUGAGUCUAUAACAUAAUGUGUGAAUAUAUUAGGCACAUUCAAAGUUACUUUUCUGAUUACAAAGUCAUUGCUACGCAUUUUGUAAUUGGCUACUUGACGGUUGUUACAAUAAAAUAUGAAAUAAUUAUGUAUAAUAUGUUAUCUUAUAACAAAAAUAAUUGUAAAACAUUUCUUUAGCAAAACUGUAAAUUGCAAGUAUUUUAAAUGUGUUCAAAACAUUUACGUUUUUUUACAUAAGUUUUACAUUUUUUAUCUGUUGACGAAAGCAACUUAAAUGCGACGACCAUCUUGUUCGUUGUGCGUGACGUCACAUUAUAUUAAACAUCUCUUGUUUAUCUUUUCUUAGUUAAUACCGUGUACAUGAGUAUUUUGUUGUUUCAUAUAAUAUGACGUCAUCAAUCUAAUUAUCACGUGACUGACAUCAUUAUUAAUUAUGAAAAAUAAUAUUACCUAUAUUAAAAUAACACUUAUUCGCUGAAAAAAUGAAUGUGAGUUGGUUUUAAAUAAAAAAUUGUAAUUUUUAAGACAUUUUUGAAAGACAGUCAAGUAGCCAAUUAUUUUUGUUUAUUUGAGACUUUUUCAACCCAUUGAUGACGUAACGUAGAACUGCACUGCUCCUGCUGAGGCAUUAGUGUUCUAUUGUUAUUGUUUUAUAUAAUUUAUUGCUUAUAUUGACUGUAUGAUGGUUGGCUCCGAUGAUCUAUCCCGUCCCUCGAUUUCACUUCGUUCUCGGUAUCGCUAAUUAUAGGUCAUAAUAGAUCGAAUUUAUGAAA